AUGGCGACUCGUUACUGGGCGGUGUCACUCCCAGUAGGCCAAACCUCCUCCCUCUGGAGCCGGCUCCAAGAAUCCAUUUCCAAAUCCUCCUUCGAUACCCCUCUCUACAGAUUCAACAUUCCAAAUCUACGAGUAGGUACGCUAGAUUCGCUGUUGGCACUGAGUGAUGAUCUAUUGAAGUCGAACAACUUUAUUGAAGGAGUGUCACACAAAAUCCGGAGACAGAUAGAGGAUUUGGAGAGGGUUUCAGGAGUGGUCAGUAGCUCACUCACGGUAGAUGGAGUUCCUGUUGACUCUUAUCUCACUAGAUUUGUGUGGGAUGAGGCAAAAUAUCCAACAGUGUCACCAUUGAGGGAGAUAGUGGAUGGAAUUCAUGUACAAGUCUCCAAAAUUGAGGAUGAUCUCAAGGUUCGUGUUGCUGAGUAUAACAAUGUCCGGAGUCAACUUAAUGCCAUAAACCGAAAGCAGGCUGGAAGUUUAGCUGUUCGCGACCUUUCCAGUUUGGUGAAGCCAAAUGAUGUAAUUACCUCAGAACAUCUAACAACCCUCAUCGCGAUUGUUCCAAAGUAUUCUCAGAAGGAUUGGAUAUCGAGCUAUGAGACACUGACGACCUAUGUAGUCCCCAGAUCCUCCAAGAAGCUACACGAGGACAAUGAAUAUGCACUUUAUACUGUUACAUUAUUCAGUCGUGAUGCUGACAACUUUAGAACUAAGGCACGUGAAAGAAAUUUCCAAAUCCGUGAUUUUGAAUAUAAUCCAGAAACACAAGAGAGUAGAAGGCAGGAGCUUGAAAAGCUGAAUCAAGACCAGGAUGCAUUGAGAAGCUCUCUGUUGCAAUGGUGCUACACUAGUUACGGGGAGGUUUUUAGCUCCUGGAUGCACUUCUGUGCUGUACGUGUGUUCACUGAAAGCAUUCUGCGAUAUGGUCUGCCACCAUCAUUUUUGUCUGUAGUAUUGUCACCCUCCGUGAAAAGUGAGAAGAAAGUACGUUCCAUUCUUGAGGAACUGUGCAACAGUUCAAACAGACACAGUAGUUUCGUUGAUAUGAAUAUGAAUUUUAAGAAUUCAGCUAAAAGCCUUGCCUUUCCAUAUCAAAUUUGUCAAAAUUCUAGACAACUGUGA